AAUGUGUCGAACUCUACUUGGUGUAGCUUUUCUAGUUGUGACGGUCCUAUCUCAAGGAGAAAAGGAUUUGAUCCAGAAUCUGCCCGGUCUUUUGUUCAAAGCCAAUUUCAAGUCAUAUUCUGGAUAUGUCGAUGCAAAUGCAAAUGGAACAUGGAAAAUGCAUUAUAUGUUGACAGAAUCUCGAUCAAAUCCAGAUACUGAUCCAUUAUUGGUAUGGUUCAAUGGAGGGCCAGGAUGCUCAUCUCUUGGAGGACUUUUCGAAGAACUUGGUCCAUUUUAUGUUAACUUUGAUGGACAAACUCUUUAUGAGAACCCAUAUGCAUGGAAUGCGAAAGCCAACGUUCUCUACUUAGAAUCCCCAAUUGGAGUUGGUUAUUCAUAUGACACUACUACUCCAGGAUACUUCCAAGCUAAUGAUGAUCAAUCAGCUGCACAGAAUUAUCAGGCUCUCACAAACUUCUUCAAUGUUGCUCAACCUAAAUAUACGAACAGAACAUUCUAUCUUUCUGGAGAAUCGUAUGCAGGAAUUUAUAUUCCAAUGUUGACCGAUUUGAUUGUACAAGGAAUCAACAAUCCCAAUCAACCCUUUCCAAACAAAAACUUCCAGGGUUCUGCAAUUGGAAACGGAUUCAUGAAUGUAGCUGGACUUCUCAAUGCCCUUACCCUUUGGAGUGCCUACCAUGGACGUGUCUCUGAGCAGAAUUGGGCCGACAUCAAAGCAAACUGUUCAAAGGGAGCCGACGUUGACAGUUUUGAUUUCUCUCAAUUCACAACUUCUCAAAAUAAAAUUGACUACGUAGGAGAUGGCUCAUACUGCGGAAACCUCAUUCAACCACUCAUUUCGCAAAACGCUUUAGGAAAUGAAGGAUUUGACCAGUACAACUUCUACCAAGAAUGCUAUGACAAAUCUGUCUUUCAAGCCCCACCACCAGCUGGAGGAAAGAGACACAAGAGAAGUGCUAUGCAAGGAGUAUCUUCGGUCCAGAAGAACUUGCAAUAUCAACAACUCGGAAACUUCCAAGGAACUUCCAAUUUGGCAAAGAACACUGCUACUCUUGUCAACCGUUUCUCAAAUGACAAUCAAUUUGGAUAUUUUUGCUGGAAUGAAGAUGCUGUGUCAAAGUAUUUGAACAGUGACAAUGUGCAGAAUGCUCUCAACAUUCCACAAGCAUGGAAGGAUCAGAAAAACACAUGGGAAGAUUGUAGAAUGUCUAUCUAUAAUAAUUAUACUCUGAAAUACAACACUACCAAUCGAUUCUUCAACAAUAUCAUCACAAAUCUCACAACCGACUUCCGUUUCUUAAUCUACAAUGGAGAUGUCGAUACUGUUUGUAACUAUUUGGGAGAUGCCAAGCACAUUCUUCAAGUUGCUAAAGAUAAUGGACUUACCAGUGGGCCACGUACCCCAUGGUAUUACAGUAACAACCAACAACUUGCUGGAUAUGUUCAAACUUACUCUGGCAAAAAUAAGAACAAUGCUAUGAUCACAAUUGAUCUUCUGACUGUAAAGGGAGCGGGACACAUGGUUCCAUAUGAUCGUGCAGGACCAUCAGUUCAAAUGAUCUCCAACUUCGUUUGGGCUCCAAAGAAUGUUGUUAUCAACUAUACCAGUCAAGAUAAUUUCAAUCCAAACAUUCAACUUUCUGAUUUGGUUGACAGUGGAUCCUCAUCAACUGUUGCUUUCUUCAUUUCUAUGUUCGCUGUAUUGCUCAACAUCGUUUUCUAAGUUUUUUUCUAAUUUAUUGAUUCAAGACUAUAUAUGUAGUAAUGUUUUUUAAACAUUUGAAAAUUCAAUAAAAAUGUACAUAAUU